CCCUGGCUCCUCUGACCUUGUAGGCCCCUCCCCCGAUGGCAUUUUCUUGCAGGAGGAGGCUGGGUGCUGACCUUCCUGCCCCUCUCAGGAACCAGGGGACUCAGGAGGAGGGUCCUCACUUGGAAAAGUAGAGCAGAAACGACCACCCGGUCCAGGCCAAAAAAAGAGUCCAGCGUGGCACGGGGCAAGGAGAUCAGAGCCUAGACUGAUGAGAUGGGGCAGAAUGUGGAGCCGAGACCGGAGGGGAGGGGUCUCGGCCUGCGUCACAGGGAGAGGAGUGGAGAGCCUCGACCCUGGAUGCUGGCGCGGGGCGGCGAAGUCCCUCCCCAAAGGCGGAGGCAGAAGGAGGAGGGAGGAGAUAGUGAGGAAGAAAAGGAGGGAGGGAGAAACCUGGAGGAGGGAAAGGGGAGGAGGGAGGGGGCCGCCGAGCCGACCGCAGGGAGCCGGGCGCAGGGAGCACCGGAGGGCGGAGCAGAGCGCGGCCGGCGGCGGGCGGCGGGCGAGCGACCCCACGACAGCCCCCACACCUCUGCUUCCUGUGACCGCGCCUGCCCCCGGGGCCCGCGGCGGCCCUGCGCGCGAGCACUGACCUCUGCGGAGGCGGCGCGGGCUCAGCAUCGGGCCGGGGCCGGGAGGGGCACCGGGGCCGGGGGGCGGCGCUCCGGCCCGGCCCGGCCCCGCCCGAUGUCCAUGAGUGCGAACACCAUGAUCUUCAUGAUUCUGGGGGCGUCGAUCGUGAUGGCCAUCGCGUGCUUGAUGGACAUGAACGCGCUGCUGGACCGAUUCCAUAACUACAUCCUCCCGCACCUGCGGGGCGAGGACCGCGUCUGCCACUGCAACUGUGGCCGGCACCACAUCCACUACGUGAUCCCAUACGACGGGGACCAGUCGGUGGUGGACGCAUCUGAGAACUACUUUGUGACAGACAAUGUGACCAAGCAGGAGAUCGACCUUAUGCUGGGGCUGCUUCUGGGCUUCUGCAUCAGCUGGUUCCUGGUGUGGAUGGAUGGUGUCCUGCACUGUGCUGUGCGCGCCUGGAGGGCUGGUCGGCGCUAUGAUGGCUCGUGGACCUGGCUGCCCAAGCUGUGCAGCCUGCGGGAGCUGGGCCGGCGGCCGCACAGGCCCUUCGAGGAGCCCACAGGGAACAUGGUGCACGUGAAGCAGAAGCUCUACCACAACGGCCACCCCAGCCCACGGCACCUGUGAGUGCACAGGACUCGGGGCUGCUGUGCACAUGUAAAGGGACCUCGUGGAUGCUCAGCUGGCGAGACGGGACUGCGGCCUCAGGCCCAGGGUACGCUGGGCUGUGGCCAGCUGGGCUGUGGCCAGCAGGCAAAUCCAGUGGAAGGUGCUGUCUCUUCUUUUUAUAAAGGGGGUCGGGUGGGGGCUGGGGUUGGGAUGGCCACUGGGCUUCAGGGACAGCAACCUGGUUUCCACAGUGAGCAAGACACAAAGGCAGGCUUUUAGAGGUGAUGGGGCCAGGGGUGGUGGGUUCACAAUGGGGAUGGGCAUGGCCUGGGUCAUGCUAGCCUAAGGCCACAUCUCAUUGAAAGCCACUGUUUCCUGUGCACCUGUCGUCCAUCCGUCCGUCUGGAGGGGAGGGAUGUGUCAGGGCCUGCGCCCAUCUGCACACGGGAGCAUGUGCAUGGGGCGUGUGCGACUGGAGGACUGGAGGGUGGGACUAGAAGGGCGGGCCCCCAGCAGCAAUAAAGGUGUGGUGGCCCCAGGUGUCCCAGCCCUCACUGUGAAGCCCACCCUGCCUGGCCAGUAAAUUCUCCAGAAAGCUCCA